UCGGACGCCCAGCGAUGGCUGCGGUGCUGCGGCGCGUGGAGCGGCUGUCGGGCCGGGUGGUGCGCGUGCUGGGCUGCAACCCGGGUCCCAUGACCCUGCAGGGCACCAACACUUACCUGGUGGGAACCGGCGGCAGGAGAAUCCUCAUCGACACUGGAGAACCAUCCAUUCCAGAAUACAUCAGUUGUUUAAAGCAAGCUCUGGCUGAAUUUGACAUAGCAAUACAGGAAAUCCUAGUGACUCAUUGGCACCGUGAUCAUUCUGGAGGCAUAGAAGAUAUUUGUAAAAACAUCAAUAGUGACACUACUUACUGCAUUAAAAAACUCCCACGGAAUCCUCAGAGAGAAGAAAUUAUAGGAGACGGAAAACAGCAGUAUGUCUAUAUGAAAAAUGGAGACUUGGUUAAGACUGAGGGAGCCACACUAAGAGUUGUUUACACGCCUGGCCACACUGAUGACCAUAUGGCUCUAUUGUUAGAAGAGGAAAAUGCCAUUUUCUCUGGGGAUUGCAUCCUAGGAGAAGGAACAACUGUAUUUGAAGACCUCUAUGAUUACAUGAACUCCCUAAAGGAGUUAUUGAAAAUGAAACCUAAUAUUAUAUAUCCAGGACAUGGCCCAGUAAUCCAUGAUGCCGAAGCUAGAAUUCUACAGUAUAUUUCUCACAGAAAUGCCCGUGAAGAACAAAUUCUUGCAGUGAUUCGUGAUAACUUUGAGAAAGCAUUUACAGUAACAGAGCUCGUAAAAAAGAUUUAUGUGAAUAUUCCAGAGACUUUACAUAAAAUGGCAGAGCAUAAUCUCUUACUUCAUUUGAGAAAACUGGAAAAAGAAGGAAAAAUAUUUUGCAACACAGAUCCUGACAAGAAAUGGAGAGCUGUACUUUAGUUUCAGAUUAAUGAAAGCUUUGUUUCUUUUUUGGCUUUUAGAGAAUGGUAUGUUUGCUUAGCUGAGGAUUAUUUGUAAGAAUGUAGAAUAAAGAGCUUUGAACACAA